GGAGACCGAGUUCUCUCGUUUAAGGUAGUAUGAGUGGAGAAAGUAAUGAAGAUGGAAGGAGCUGAUAUUGAUGAAUUAUUGAGGAGAUAUAUGAAAUAGCGAAGUGAUAGCUUUUUACUGGUCUUGUCGGAACGAUAGAGGGCAGCGAUAUCAGGAAGUUGACAGAUAGCAUGCCAGUAAAGGUGACUUCACUGCAGAUGAGGGAACAUGUUGGCUAUGGACCAAGGAGUGGUAGAGGAAUGGCUGUCAGAAUUUAAGACCCUUCCUGACAGUGCUGUGUCCAACUAUGCUGCUUCACUGAAAGACAAAGGUGCCCUGGUUCCUGCCCUCUACAAGGUCAUCCGAGAGAACUAUAGCGAUUUGCUGGAGCCGGUGUGUCACCAGUUGUUUGAAUUCUACCGGAGCGGCGAGCCACAGCUGCAGCGUUUCACGCUACAGUUCCUUCCAGAGCUCCUGUGGAGCCUCCUGUCCAUCAGCGCAGCCAGAGACCCCCACACAUCUGGCUGCAUCGAGGCCCUCUUGCUGGGCAUUUAUAAUUUGGAAAUAGUUGAUAAAGAUGGACAAAGUAAAGUGUUAUCAUUUACUGUCCCUUCGGUCUCCAAACCCUCAGUGUACCAUGAGCCUUCAGCUAUCGGCUCCAUCGUGCUUACUGAAGGUGCUCUAGCCAAUCACGGGCUGAGCAGAGUGGUGUACAGCGGGCCACACCUCCAGAGAGAGACCUUUACUGCACAGAACAGAUUUGAGGUACUGACCUUCCUGCUGCUGUGCUACAAUGCUGCUCUCAGCUAUAUGACCUCCACCUCCCUCCAGUCCCUCUGCCAGCUCAGCUCCAGGUUGUGUAUAUGCGGUUACCCACGGCAACAAAUGCGGCGCUACAAAGGCAUCAGCAUACGGAUGACAGUCACGUCAGAGUUCCUGGUUCAACUCAUUACAGGAAUACACUAUGCCUUGUGUAAUGGGGAAGUUGAACUGGGAUCCAAAGCACUGGAUGACGUUCUGUAUCGAGCCCAGCUAGAGUUGUUCCCUGAAGCUCUAUUGGUGGGUAAUGCCAUAAAGUCGUCACUGCGCGGGGCAGCACUGAAGAGCAACAGCAAAGAGGGUGCACGGAGUAUCCAGGUUGAGAUCACACCCACCUCCUCCAGGAUCUCCCGCAAUGCUGUCACCUCCCUCUCUAUCAGGGGACACCGCUGGAAGAGACACGAUGCUGUGGAUCUGGGCUCCCCAGAUGAGCUGAUGGAUAUUUCCGAGGUGGAUGAAGGGGUGUGGCCAGGUGGUGUAGGACCUGACAUGACCCUACCCACCAUCACUAUCAGCAACAGUGUCACCACGUUGAACCUGGGGGCCAAGGCCAUGAAGAAGUGUCGGCUCGGUGGGCGAACCAGCAAGGACAAGGAUAGGGAGGCGGGCCCUCUCAUAACCGGCCGGGCUGCCAGCGAGAACACAGAGCUGUCCAUCAAGAGACUGACGCUCACCUCCAGCCAGUCAGUGCCAAAGGGAGGAGCUCUCACCAGCCUGACACGCACUGCCAGUGCGGUCUUCUCCCGCUCCUUUGAGCAGGUGACCAGCGGCAGCGCCCCUCCCUCCAGCAACCACACCGCUUCUGAAACGGGCCGAUACUCAUGCAGUUUACAGGAGGACGGGCUGGGGUACUUGAGUCCUACGCCAAACCACACGCAACGCUCUCCCAGCAUCAGUGUGCACCUCGGCUCUGACCUUUGAACCAGAUGUGUCUCCUGACCACCUAAACCCUCGCCUCUGAUCUUGUGACCCUACACCUGUGACCUGGAACUCAAGCCAUGCCAACUAUAACGGCCCACAGACGCAUGAAUAAACACUCCCGCUGUGUCUCUGGUUACUCCAUUUUGUUUUUGACUCUGUGUGCUGUGAACCAGCCUGCUGCCCUGCCUCAUUCAGACAUCCAGCACAACCACCACUCCCUCUGCUCUCUCUUCUCCGGUAGAGUUACCUUGAAGUCGUGCCACAAUAAACCUGCACUCUGCUGCAGAGCAGCUUGUUAUAAGUGGAUGCACUUGAAGCUUAUUAAAAACUGUUUCUGGAAGGUGUUUUAAUUGACAUUUGUUGCUUUGCAUGCCUUUUCCUUACAUUCAUCCUGACCUUGCCCAGGUUUGUCACAGGGCACGUGGAUUAUGUGUGCGCAUGCUUGAGCGUGCGCCGUGUGUUUGUGCGUGCGUGCGUGUGUACACUUGUUUUUAGAGUAAAGGCUGCUGAUUGAUACAGUGAUCAAGGUAUGAUUUUCCUAGUUGAAAUAAGUGUUUAUACUACUUUUUUAAAAAUAGUGGACACCAUCCCAUAGCAAUACAAGUCUCUUCUACUUGGUGUUUUCUAUCUUUUCCUCCCAAACUCAUUUUUAUCAACACUUCUUUUCUUGGUCAACAGUUUCAGCUGUGUUUCUUGAAAGAGUCCACAUUCUUCCCUUACAGCAUCAGGAAAAUGACCCCUAAAUAAUCAACUAGUGUGAUUAAAAAUCUGUUCUUUAUGUUUACAAUUGCACAGUAUUGGCAUCAAGAUGGAGAAGCAAUAUUUGUUCCCCCUCACUCAUCUAGCACCUUCCUGAAUGGCUAUUUUAUGACAAAAAAAAAUCCAGCUUUGGACAAAUGACAAGGAUGUUUUUGAUUUAGGGGAUGAUGGGUAUGUAUGAUUUCUUAAGUAUUGAAUUUUGCACUUGAAAGAGUAAACAAGUUGCUUUCAACUUUGGUAUUUUCAUAUGAAGAAAAGGGUGGUUUGACCCUCAACUGUGGAAAUUUCCUGUGAGAGUUAAAUGCUUUGUUGAGCUGUGUAGUUUCAUGGGGGUGGGUGGGGCAGCUGGAGCCAGUCCCAGCUGACAUUGGGCGACUCGACAGGUCGCCAGUCUACAGGGCUGACACUUAGACAACCACU